AUGUGACUUUGUCGUAAACAGGAAGCAGCUGAUCUUUACUCCACGAUCUGCUUUAACCAAGUAAUGUGUACAGCUGAAUACUCCGAAACAAAUAAAAACUGCUGCCUGAACAGCCCGAACAGAAGUAACCGUUCUGCCCUUUGGGGAGAACUGGUCAUCCGACCUGCAGCUCAGAGAAACGCUUCUGUCUCCUGAGGGGCAUGUCAAGCACAGCAAUGAAGAAGAAGGUGCUCCUGAUGGGGAAAAGUGGGUCUGGGAAGACCAGCAUGAGAUCAAUCAUCUUUGCCAACUACAUCGCCCGGGACACGCGUCGCCUUGGAGCUACAAUUGACGUCGAACACUCCCACGUUCGGUUUCUCGGCAAUCUGGUUCUCAACCUGUGGGACUGUGGAGGACAAGACACGUUCAUGGAGAACUACUUCACCAGCCAGAGGGACAACAUCUUCAGAAACGUGGAGGUUCUUAUCUACGUGUUCGACGUGGAGAGCCGCGAGCUGGAGAAGGACAUGCACUACUACCAGUCGUGUCUCGAAGCCAUCCUGCAGAACUCGCCUGACGCCAAAGUGUUCUGUCUGGUGCAUAAGAUGGACCUCGUCCAGGAGGAUCAGAGAGACCUGAUUUUUAAGGAACGUGAAGAAGAUCUAAAGAGACUGUCCCGACCUUUGGCGUGCACGUGCUUCAGGACAUCAAUCUGGGAUGAAACCCUGUAUAAGGCCUGGUCCAGCAUCGUGUAUCAGCUCAUCCCCAACGUCCAGCAGCUGGAGACCAACCUGAGAAACUUUGCACAGAUCAUAGAGGCUGACGAAGUCCUCCUGUUUGAGAGAGCCACCUUCCUGGUGAUCUCGCACUAUCAGUGCAAAGAGCAGCGGGACGCUCACCGGUUUGAGAAGAUUAGCAACAUUAUCAAACAGUUCAAACUCAGCUGCAGUAAGCUUGCAGCCUCUUUCCAGAGCAUGGAGGUGAGGAACUCCAACUUUGCAGCCUUCAUCGACGUCUUCACCUCCAACACUUACGUCAUGGUCAUCAUGUCGGACCCCUCCAUCCCAUCUGCAGCAACUCUCAUCAACAUUCGUAAUGCUAGGAAACACUUUGAGAAGUUGGAGCGGGUGGACGGACCCAAACACAGCCUGCACAUGCGGAUGCGCUAGCUUUUGUUCCCUGCGGAUCCUCUCAGCCAAUCAAUCCGCAGCGCGCAGGCGGCCCCUCGCAGCUGCACCGUUUCUACAAAUACCUUCACGUUCAAUCACAGUAAUAUUAAGAUAAAGAAAUCAUAGUUUCUUUGAGUCUACUUUCUGCAGUUAUCAGAAGGAUCCUGAUACGCUCUGUUGGAAUAUUUGUGCUAAUUUGACGCAUUAAAGCAGAAAAGUUGAGGUUUC